AUGAGCUCCGACCUCCCCAUUCCUUCAGGUUACGCCCCUCCCUUCGAAGUCGUCGACGACCUCCAUCACGGUGCCUGGAUCAUUAUUGCGACGGCGUUGGGGCUGGCCAUUGCACUCGUCUCGUUCCUGAUUCGCGUGUAUGUGCGCGUCGCGCUCAAUCCGCCGUUCGCGGUAGAUGAUGGGGUUUUGUUGGGUGCUACGGUGGCGUGCCCGAGAGAAAAGCUUAUCACCACAUCCGACAUCCUCUACCUCAUCACCAUCUACAUCACCAAAGUCUGUGUCGUGGGAAUCCAUCUGCGGUUGACGCCUCAAAAGCGCCACAAUCAGCUAGCAUGGGCCACGUUGGCCCUGUGCACGGCGUGGAUCGUGACGGCGUUGUUUUUGGUGACUGUGAAUUGCGAGUUAAAUAGGCCGUGGAAGGGGACGGGAGGGCAGUGUGUUGAUUUGAACCUCGAUUCCUGGGACGCCACCCUAGCCUCGGUGUCGAUGAUCAUCUGGGCGCAGGUCGAACUGGACUAUGCGCUGGUCGCGUGCAGUGUGUUUUGUCUGAGGCCGUUUAUGGUGGCCGUUAGUACGAAUUACGGGACUGCGGGGGAUGACAAUUUGGAGAGUGUGAGUGCGAGUGAGCAGAGAAGUGAGCGGGGGACGCAUACUAUACGUACACAUACGCAUGGGGAUGGGGAGCGGGAGGGGGAGGGCGGUCAUGAGACGGGGGGAAAGGAUGGGAAAGGAGGACCUGAAGGGGGAAUGAUGGGUCGUGUUUUGUCGCAGGAAGGGGGGUUGAUGAGGUGGUUUUCAAGAAAGAAGAGGAGGGUCUCUCGGGAAGAGAUUGAGAUGGAUCGAGAGACGGGGAACGGUCUCGAUGGAGGAAAGAUGGUGAUUCGGAAAGAUGUGCAGUAUUCGGUGGAGUUCAAGAAGAAUAGUCGAGUGGAUGAGGACGCGGUGCCGAAUGAGAUGGAGUACUGGGAUCGAUAUUUAGAUCCGAGGCUGUGA